AUGCUGCUGGGGGACGAGAUCAGCGCCGGGGACCGGCUGAGCGGAGCCGCCGCCCGGGGGGACCUGGCCGAGCUGCGCCGCCUCCUGCACCAGGAGCUGGUUCAUCCCGACUCGCACAACCGCUUCGGCAAGACGGCGCUGCAGGUGAUGAUGUUCGGCAACACGUUUGUGGCCGAGGAGCUGCUGAAGCAGGGCGCCAGCCCCAACAUCCAGGACGAGGCCGGCCGGGCGCCCACCCACGACGCCGCCCGCACCGGCUUCCUGGACACCCUGCGCGUGCUGGUGGAGCAUGGGGCUGACGUCAACGUGCCCGAUGGGGCGGGGGCACUGCCCGUCCACGUGGCCGUCCGGGAGGGGCACACGGAGGUGGUGCGGUACCUGGCGCCCGAGUCCAACCUGCGGCACCACGAUGCCGAGGGGCGCACCCCACUGGAGCUUGCCCGUCACCUGGGCCUGUCGCACCUCGAGGCCAUUCUGGAGCAGCACCUGUCUGCCCCCGCGUAACACCUUCCUGGGCAGGAGGUGGGUGGCACUGCUCUGGGGUGGGGGUGGCUGGCUCCUCCUGGGACGUCCCCAAUCCCUCCGUUGCACCCACCCCAAAGGGACUUGCCUGCCCCUUCCCGUCCUAACUCCCCGCCCGUGUAAAGGCAGCUCCCCGCCCCCCCACCUACCUCAGAGUUCGUCUUUAACUUUCACUGUUGUUUCUAUUUAUAUUUUUUGUGGGUGCUUUUC